GUUGGCACAUUUGGCUGUUGCUCCUCGCGAAUAUUGAACUGUGUGCAUUUCGUUUGAAUUGUGGCUAAAAUGCGGCUGCUGGUCGAGUGCGUUUAUAAAUUGUGCUGGGCCCUGGGCGAACGUAAAGCGACAUAGUUGGCUAACGAAAACAAAAAGCGAGAGACGACGAAUUUAAAACAAAUCAAAUUAAUAAAUUUUAGUCUAAAACACAGCAACAUUGCGAGCGCUUUACAAAAGCAAAACAAAAACCAAACAAAACAAAACCAAAUCAGAUUCAAAAACCAAAAGUGUCGCGAGUGUUUCGUGUUAACGUGUAACAAAAUGCUGAAACUAUUCAAGAAAACCAAAGACAAAAUUCCCAAAUCGGAGAUCAUCAAUGAGCCCAAAGAGCCCCAAAAGCCGGCCAUCUCCAAAUGCGGCAAGCCCCUCCUGCUGGACAAUUCGCGCUGGGAGCGCCGUUUGCACAAAGAACUGAUGUCCCUGAUCAAGGAGCCACCGCCAGGCGUGACUGUUGACACCGAAAGCGUACAGCAAAAUUUGUCAGAAUGGAAAAUAAAUAUUAAAGGUUUCGAGGGCACACUCUAUGAGGGCGAAGACUUCCAGCUGCUGUUUAAAUUCAACAAUAAAUAUCCCUUUGACUCGCCAGAGGUCACUUUUAUUGGCAGCAAUAUACCCGUGCAUCCGCAUGUCUACAGCAAUGGUCACAUCUGCUUAUCCAUAUUGACCGAGGACUGGUCGCCGGCGCUGUCGGUGCAAUCGGUGUGCCUUAGCAUAGCCUCCAUGUUGAGCAGCUGUCGCGAGAAGAAGCGACCGCCGGACAACACACUCUACGUGAAGACAUGCAACAAGAAUCCCAAAAAGACUAAAUGGUGGUAUCACGAUGAUUCUGUUUAGUUAACGUUGCAAUUUAUGACUACUGCCUGCUGCUUGCGUUGCGCCCACACAAAACUCACGAACUCAACACAUCACAAACAAAAACAAACAAAAACAAACAAAGAAAGCAACCAACCAACCAAUUUGUUGCCUGCCUGCCGCCUGCAAGGACAUCGCCAACAACAAACAAUCAAUCAAAUCAAUAAUAGUUUUUUUUUUUUCACAAACCCAACAAACUAUAAAUUUGGAACUACACUUUUUAAAGGCCUACUAGACACGUUAGGUGUAAAUUAGCUGUGACAGGUUAACAUAUUUCUAAAUAUUCAUACAGACGUUCAUAUUCAUACAAAUAGUUACUUAUUAACUUAUAAUAAUACCAAGCAGUGCACUUUGAGAGCAACUAAUGCAAGUGAACCCAACAACAUGUCGCUGGGCAACAAUAAAUUAGUUAAACAUUAACAUUAACAUAUAUAUAUAUAUAUAGAUAUACAUGUAUGGAAAUAUACUUACAGCAAACAAUCAACAAACACCGACGCGAGCAAGAAAUUUCUUAAUAAUAACAGCAACAAACUGUAUAAAAAUGAAAGUAAAAAGAAAACAAACAAAUGCUAAACUAUAUAUAAUUAAAUGUUAACAUUUUAAAUUAGAAUGUAAGGCGCAAAAUUAACGUCUAAAUUAAAUGUUAUGAAAACCUUAACAAUUAAGCCUACUCUGUAACACCAAUCCACUCCACUCCACUCCACUCUCCGCCCCCCUUUCCAGUUCACUUCCGCACACCUCUGAUGCGCGCCGGCACAGGCUGUGGCAGCUGCCACAUUCCAAGUCAAGCCUAAGCAGCUGCACGCACUGUGCUGGCCGACUCGAAGAGGUGGCAAAUCCAUAGAAAACACCCAUUUAAUUAUAAAUGUUUAUUUAUAUAUAUAUGAUUUGUAAUUUGUAUAAAGCAUGCUUAAUGGAUUUGAAAAUGUAUUCGUUGUAUAUGUACGAGUAGAUCGAUCCACUCACCACUCAUCCAUUAACUUACUCAUUCUCAUGCACAUUGUAAUCUUUGGCCAUUUAUCAUCGCAUAGCAUCAUACUGUAUACAUAUACUUAUAUAAGCCAUCUGUUUAUACAAUCUACUUAUAUUUUUGGCAAGGAUGUAACCCCAAGUGUGGCCAAAAUCUCUCAUGUGGCACGUUCGCAAACAUAUUUACCUCUUACUGUGCAACUAGAAUAUGCAAAUGUGUAAUACUAUGUAUAAAUUCUAUUAUAUAUAUAUAUAUACCUACAUAAUGUGUAUCGUAUCCGCGUAUGUCUACGACAAUAUCUAGCAUAUGUAUCUACGCCUAUACAAAAAUUAUUGUUAAAACAAGUAUUUAAUAAAACCCAAGUCUGUAAUCUAAAAAAAA